AUGACGCCGUCGUCGCAUUAUCUCCAGGGCGUCUCAAAGGCGCUCCCUGGGCGUAUCCAGGCGCUACCGCAAGUAUGCGACGCCGUGAAUCUGUUCGCCAUGCCGUCUUCUCUCGACGACGUCGCUGGCAGUGGGCGACUGGAGCUGGUUCGCGAGUAUUUCGAUGUUAUUCCGAGUACUUUCCAGGCAAUCGCCAUGGCAGCAGCUGAAGGCCACCUGCACGUCGUCCAGUGGAUUUAUUCACAACUAAGUGAUGAUGAGCUCAAGAAGUCGACGUGGGGUGUGCAGGCAUUCAAGGGGGCGGCUUGCAGCGGACAGUUGGGGGUCCUCGAAUGGCUGAAAUCUGAGUUCGAGCCAAAUGCUGAGGAUGUCGAAGGCAUUGCAGCUCUGGCUGCUGCUACUGGACGACUGGCUGCUGUGCAGUGGGUGAUGGAUGCGUUCUCUGGUGUGGGGGACGAGCGAGCGCUUACGGCUGCUGUAAUCGCUGACCAGCGGGAGGUGGAGGCGUAUUUAACGAGUAUUUGCGACAACGACACUCGCUUGAACGCGUUCGGCUCAGUGUUGGAGACAAAAGCCGUCGAUAAUGACUCUGACCGAGUGGAAGAGUUAGCUGCGAAGUGCAAACAGUCUGACGUUCGAGAUGCGCUGACGGAGGCGAUAGAUUGCGACGCCUACGACGUUGUGGAGUUACUCUGGGGCGUCGGCCAAGGUGCGUCGAUGAGCGUCGACGACAUCGGGAGCUUGGCGCUGGAGAGAACAGUGCAUGACGAUCGACUGGACAUCGCGGCGCUCUAUGUCGAGGCGGAGGACAUGGCGGAUAGUGCUGGGGCGGCACUUCGCGAGGCAACGGCGGCAAAUCGACUCGAUUUCGUUGAGCUUCUUUACACGAAGUGCGAGGCGUACGACGUUGAGCCCACGCUGGAUACGGCGGCUGCGUACGGCUUCUGGGAUAUCGUCAAACUUGUGUACGAUCGGUGCAGUCCUCGUUGCGUCAGUAGGGCGUUGCGGACGGCGGCUUCAUGCUGCCGAUGGGACGUGGUGGAAGUUCUGUGUGAGAGGUGCGAGGAAGGCUGCAGCGACGUUGGAGAUGCUUUGAAAUACGCGGCAGCAGGCGACGAGCUUGAAAUGGUGAAGCUUCUCUACCAAAAGAGUCCGCGGGAUGACGUUGACCUCGUGCUGGGCUUUGCCGUGGAGAAUGAGCUUUGGGACAUGGUGAGGCUCGUGCACGGAGCUUGCAGUACUGACUGUGUUGACGGCGCGUUGAAGAAGGCGGCUGAGCAGUCUCGAUGGGAUUUGGUCGAAGUAUUGUAUGUCAACGCCGGAGAGUUUGCUGUUGGGGACGCGCUAGUGAAAGCCGCUGAGACCGAUCAGUGGGGUCUAGUGAAGCUCAUGCACGGAAAGUGUCGACCUCAUGAUAUUGAUCUUGUCCUAAAGAAAGCAGCUUCGAGUGGACAGCGGGACGUCGUUGAGCUUUUGUAUGCAAGUGGCGACAUUUUUGCCGUUGGAGGUGCGCCAGCAGCUGAAGGCUCGAGCUAA